UUUCAGUUACACGAAUCCGAGCAGAUUGUCUGUUUUUUUUUUUUAUCGCGUUUUCUAAUUUAAAGUAGGGUACCAGUUUAGGGGUGUGUAGUUGAAAAGCGAAGGCUGCUGACCUUUCACCUUUUCUGUGUUUGUGCAGAGAACGGUUAAUGGACGGAAGACAUGAGCAGCAGAACAGGCCGUCCAAAUGUAAUUCAUGAACUCCACUCAUCAGACUCCAAGGACCGGUGAGCUACGUGACUCUUCGGGUAUGGAAGCACUGAGGUUUAGGACAGCGUAGCUGUGGCUUCAAGGCCUGACGGCAGCAUGCAACAGAAAGGUUCCCUCAAGAUCAUCGAAUGGGAGGAUUUGGACAAGAGGAAGUUCUACUCCCUAGGUGUAUUCAUGACAUUGACCACCAGGGCCACCGUCUAUCCAGCCAGCCUGAUCCGGACCCGACUGCAGGUGCAGAAAGGGAAGGCCUUAUAUUCAGGCACCUUUGAUGCUUUCUGCAAGAUCCUGCGAACGGAAGGCAUUGGAGGCCUCUACCGAGGCUUCAUGGUCAACACCUUCACUCUGAUCUCAGGACAGGCGUACAUCACCACCUAUGAACUGGUGCGCAAGUACACGUCGAACUACUCACCGAGCAACACGGUCAAGUCAGUGGUGGCCGGAGGAGCGGCGUCGCUGGUGGCCCAGACCAUCACCGUUCCCAUCGAUAUAGUGUCCCAGCACCUGAUGAUGCAGGGGCAGGGGGAACAUCUGACCCGCUUCAAGGUCAAACCCAAGGUGAUGCUUGCCACAACCAAAUGCAAGCCUACCUUCGGGCAAACGCGGGACAUAACAGUGCAGAUACUGGCAGCGGAUGGUUUCAGAGGGUUCUACAGGGGUUAUGUAGCGUCGCUGCUCACAUACAUCCCCAACAGCGCCCUCUGGUGGCCUUUUUAUCACUUUUAUGGAGAAAAACUGUCCUUAAUGGCACCGAGUGGGUGUCCCCACCUGAUCCUGCAGGCUGUGGCCGGACCAAUGGCAGCAGCUACCGCCUCCACCAUCACAAACCCCAUGGAUGUUGUCCGUGCAAGAGUCCAGGUGGAGGGCCGAUCGUCUGUGGUGGAGACGUUCAAGCAGCUGCUGGCGGAGGAGGGCGUCUGGAUGGUUACCAAAGGGCUGUCGGCUCGCAUCAUUUCCUCCACACCCACCUCUGUGGUCAUCGUGGUUGGAUACGAGACUCUGAAGAGGCUUAGCCUGCGGUCAGAGCUGAUCGAGACCAGGCACUGGUGAAAGACAACCCUCCAGCUUGACCAAGGCAGUGACCCACAUCUAUCCUACCGUUGCCAGGCAGGAAUAGAGAGUUCGGAAUCUGACCUCAUUUUUCUCUUCUUUUUUUUAUUACCGCUAACUGUCCUUCAAAUCUGUUACAGAGAUGAAACGAUCCAGAACUGUUUCUGCCGCAUGGCAAAUUAUUAUCCAACCAUCUCCUAUUGUUCCAUCUGUCCCGUAGUCUGGUGUCCAUUUCAUGAAGCAGGUUUAUAGAAAACUCUAAGCAGUCUAAACCUGAACAGGGAAACUGACUUUUCUGUUUAACAUAGAGAGUGUCCUCAACCUCUGAUUCAGUCGCCAUAGUAACGUUCUUCCAGAGCUAACCUGGUCUGGUCUGGUCUGUUACGGGCUGCCAUAACCCACUGCAUUAACUCAAGCAACAAUCUUCUCCUUUGCCAUCCUCCUCUCCUUUGGAGCUGUAGCAAUGUUUCUCUGUCUUUUAAACACAUUCUCCUUUUUAAUAUCUUUGCAUUUCUGCAUCAAAAUCUCUAGUUCCAGUGGGGGGGAAAUAGGCAUUUCCCGUUGCCUGUUGUCAUGGUGACUUGUUGCUCCACUGAUAAUGGUUUUUCACAUUAUCAGCAUUUAACUCUGAGUGGACCUAGUUAAAAUCGAUUGAACUAAUUGAUAGCAGCCAUUGUGAAACCGAUCUGAAUUUGUUAAACCUGCUUAAUGAAAUAGACCCCUGGUUUGUUAUCAUGGACAUGUUUCUCUUUCCUGCUGCUGUAUCACAUGGAAGAAAAGGAAAACUGGAGAAACUAGAGGUUCAGUCUGUGGGAAAGCUUGGGUUUGUACCACUUUAUGUGGCAGGGGGAAAAAAUGGAUUUGCUUCGUUUGUAUUCUGGUACAAAUCACCUACUGUGUCUGCAGAUCUUAACC